AUGGCCUCCAAGAAGCAGCAGCAACAGCAGCAGCAGCAGCAGGAAAUGGUCCAGGUCGACCGCUCGAGCUCGGCAUCCCCUUUCUGGCGAUCCAGUUCCUCCGCCGCUUCGAGAAGCCAUGACACCAAGAAGGUCGUCGGCGCGUCCUAUUCCCACGCCGACAUACUCAGACUAGACUCCCUAGCGCUCUCAAACUCCCGUCCCCGCACCCCGCCAUCCACUGGUUACGGCCGCGUAAACACACCCCCACGCUCCGGGAGCAGUCUCUCGCCUCCGCCACUAAACAACUACACCUCCCUAUCUCGCAGCACCAGUCGUGAGUCUUAUGGGGAAGAUGAUGAGGAAGAAGACGAGGAGGAGCUCGCAUUCGACGACGAUGAAGAUGAAUUUGGCCUGCCCAGCAUAGCCAGCAUGCGGCGCAAGAGUAAGCGAAAAUCGCUCGUCAGAGGAAAGGACCCGGGAGGGACAUUCGGCGCCUACUCCAACGGCCGCAGCAUACCGACCUCUCUGUCCACGACCCCUGUACCUACAACCACUCUACAAACCGGCGAUAUCGCCGACGACCGACCUAUCCCCUCCUACCCUACAACCCACAGCAAAACUGAAGGCAAGAUCCUGCGGCCCCAAUACAAAGAAAUCCUGCGGGACCCCGCAAACUCCCUCCAUCUAAUCUCCCACCCUCCCAUCUCGCCCUCCGCGACCUCCAAAGAAACAGAAGCCCACUCCGCCCGCCUAACCCGCAUAAACAAAUUCAAGCGCCUCCUCCAACAGAGCAGCAUCUCGCUCCCCGAGCUCCGCUCCCUCGCCUGGUCCGGCAUCCCCGAAGAAGUCCGCGCCAUGUCUUGGCAGCUGCUGCUCGGGUACCUCCCGACCAGCUCCGAACGGCGCGUCGCGACCCUCGAGCGGAAGCGGAAAGAGUACCUCGAAGGAGUGCGUCAGGCCUUUGAGCGCGGCACCGCUGGCUCCGACGGCCCCGUCAACGCCGGGCCAGCGGGUGGCGCGGCAGGGAGCACGCGCGGCAGGGGACGGGGACUGGACGAGGCGAUAUGGCACCAGAUCAGUAUCGACGUGCCGCGCACGAACCCACAUCUCAGGCUCUACGCAUACGAGGCCACGCAGCGGAGCCUGGAGCGCAUAUUGUAUGUCUGGGCGAUCAGACAUCCGGCGAGCGGGUACGUGCAGGGCAUCAACGACCUCGUGACGCCGUUCUGGCAGGUCUUUCUGGGCAUGUACAUCACAGACUACGAUGUCGAAAGCGGGAUGGAUCCUGGGCAGCUGCCGAGACCGGUGCUGGAUGCUGUGGAGGCGGACUCGUUUUGGUGCCUUACGAAGCUGCUGGAUGGCAUCCAGGAUAACUAUAUUUGCGGGCAGCCGGGCAUUCUGAGGCAGGUGGCUGGGCUGAGGGACCUGGUGGGCAGGAUUGAUGAGAAGCUCGCGAAGCAUCUGGAGAGGGAGGGUGUGGAGUUUAUUCAAUUCAGUUUCAGGUGGAUUAAUUGUUUGCUCAUGAGGGAGAUUAGUGUCAAGAAUACGACGAGGAUGUGGGAUACGUAUCUUGCCGAAGAACAUGCAUUCUCAUCCUUCCAUCUCUACGUCUGCGCCGCCUUCCUCGUCAAGUGGUCCGAUCAGCUGCUCAAGAUGGACUUCGGCGAGAUUAUGCUCUUUCUGCAACACUUGCCUAGCAAAGAGUGGACCGAGAAGGACAUCGAACUGCUGCUGAGCGAAGCGUUUAUUUGGCAGAGCUUGUUUAGAGGAAGCAGUGCGCAUCUGAAGGGGCAGGGCCAAGCGAGGGCGGGUGGUGGAUUCGAAGUGGGAAUGGGUCCUUAG